UCUUUACGCUGUUUAAUUCUGCACUCUUGCUUACUUCAAACAGUAAAAUAUGGUCACUUUUGCUUUCUGAGGAUAGUCAGUUUUGAUUUGAUUUUUAGGCAUUUACACAAAUGGUGCCAUGUUUACAUUUCGAUACUUUAGGGAAUGUUUAAUAUGAAACUUGAGAUUUUAAAAUGUCAUAAAAUUAUAAUUAGUUGGGAUAAAAUCUUUUUUCUUCAAUAAAGGGCCUAUAUUUUGGACGUAAUUUAGCAAAUAGUUCCAUUUUAACUAUUAAUUAUUCUAAAAUGGCCAGAAUGUCAGCUAUUUUUCUGUAGACAUUUUGUUCUAAGACAGUAAAUUUUUUAGUCUAUUGUCUAAUCAUAUUAAAUUAUUUUACAGCAAGAGUAGUGGCAGUAUAUAUUUGCUAUUAAUGGUAGUUAGGAAAGAAGGACAUAUGAUUAACCUUAUGCACUUGAGGACUCCUGUUAAAUUUAUUGGGAUUACUUGUUUGCCGGUGUUUUUAAGAUUGGGUCAUAAAUUGUAAACUCCUUGGGAUCAGGACUAUAUCUUUUUCUGUGUUUGUACAGUGUCUAGCAAAAUGAGCUAUUCUGAGUGGCACCUAUAAAUAACUAAAUAAAAAUAACUAAAUAAAAAUAUUACAUGCGACUUAAUAUAUUUUUCAAAAUGUUUAACAACAGUUUUAAAAUUAAAAUAAAAUAUAGCCUUACACUUUAUAGAACUUAAAUACUGAACCUAAACUAGGUGGUGGUAUCUACUUAAUAUAAGUCUUGGGACAAAAUUGAGUAAAUCCACUUGUAGCGUUGUCAUAUUUAGAUAUUUUUACUGGGUAAAUUUAGAAGUAUUCAGAGCAUGUGGUUCACCCAUGUUCUGUCACUACACUCAAUGAAUUGCAGGAUCUAGGCUCGGAUUUGUAGUAUUAAAGAAUCUGCUUUAGUGUUGCAUAGAUAUUUACUUCAAUCUUUUUACCAUAAUGCUAUAGCGUUGAAAUUAGUAUCUAUAUUUAUGGUUUAAUAUUUAAACAUCAGUUCAUUAUGUAUUUCGUAAAUAUGCUGUUUGAAAAAAAAAUCAAAGCAACUAAAAACAAUCGCUUAGUUUUACAGCAGGAGAGUUAUUUCUUCAUUUUCAUGACCUCCCAACAAAAAUCAUAAUUUAGGGCCCUACCAAAUUCAUGGUCCAUUUUGGUAAAUUUCAUGGACAUAGGAUUUUAAAAAUGGUUCAUGUCAUGAUUUCAGAUAUUUAACUUUGUAACUUCAUGGUGUGUAAUUGAAGUAGUUGUGUAAGAGUCACAGUUGAUCUUCUGGAGUUCGAUUAGCGUGUCUAGUAGAAACUCGCUAAUUCAAACUAAGAGGGCAUCCCUGCUGGUCAAUACCGGUAGCCCUUCUUUUCAUGAGGAAUAAGGGAAGCCAUUGGAAGUGUUUGCUCCCAUUGACUUCCUGCUGUGUGGACAGCGCCAAAAUGCAAUUUAAGAUACGUCGACUUCAGCUGUAUAAUUAACAUAUCUGGAGUUGCGUAUCUUAAGUUGACCUUUUCCUUUAAUGUAGAUCUGGCCUUACUCAGUAGCUGGCAUACUCUGACUACUCAGCUCUGAAAGCAGCAGUACAGAGUUUUAUCUAAGCAUGAAAACCAGAUCACUGUCUUAUCGGAAUAUUUAGAAGAAUUUCCAGAAACAGAUGGGUCAGUGUGGAUCUUGGGAAGGCAACACCACCUCAAGACAGACAAACCUAAAUUAUUGUUGGAUAUAAGUGCUCGUCUGUGGUUUACGUACAGAAGAAAAUUUUCACCUAUUGGAGGCACAGGUCCUUCAUCUGAUACUGGCUGGGGAUGCAUGCUGCGAUGUGGACAAAUGAUGCUGGCACAGGCUCUCAUCUGCAAGCAUUUAGGAAGGGAUUGGCAUUGGGAGAGACACAAAAAACAACCUGAGGAAUAUCACAAGAUUUUGCGAUGCUUCCUAGACAGAAAAGAUUGCUGUUAUUCUAUCCAUCAAAUGGCACAGAUGGGUGUAGGAGAGGGGAAGUCGAUUGGAGAAUGGUUUGGACCAAAUACAGUUGCCCAGGUGCUAAAAAAGCUUGCUUUAUUUGAUGAAUGGAAUUCCUUAGCAGUUUACGUAUCUAUGGACAACACGGUGGUCAUUGAAGAUAUCAAGAAAAUGUGUUGGUCCCCUUCUCAGAGCAGCAGUGGUGCCCAUGGCAGCACACACUCCCUCAGAAGUGCUCUCCAUCGAAACAAGAACACAGCAGGGUUUUGCUCAGGCUGGAAACCUCUCUUGCUUAUUAUACCUCUACGACUGGGGAUAAAUCACAUCAAUCCAAUUUAUAUUGAUGCUUUUAAAGAAUGUUUUAAGAUGCCACAGUCUUUGGGGGCAUUAGGAGGGAAACCAAAUAAUGCCUACUAUUUCAUAGGAUUUUUAGGAAAUGAGCUGAUCUAUUUGGACCCUCACACCACUCAGGUUUUUGUAGAUUUGGAGGAAAAUGGCAUGGUUGAUGACAAGAGUUUCCAUUGCCAGCAGGCCCCACAUCGAAUGGAGAUCAUGAAUUUGGAUCCCUCUGUAGCAUUAGGCUUCUUUUGUAAAGAAGAAAAAGACUUUGAUAACUGGUGUAGUCUUGUACAAAAGGAAAUUCUAAAGCAGCAGAGUCUUCGGAUGUUUGAGUUAGUAAAAAAUCAUCCAGCCCAUUGGCCUCCAUUCAAACCUCCAGCAAAACCAGAAGUGACAACAACAGGAGCAGAACUUAUUGAAUCUACUGAUACACUCUUUGAGGUAGAAGAAGAAUUUGAAAUCUUGAGUGUAUGAAGGAAGCUAUGGUGAUUCUUCUGCGUUGAGCACAUUGCAUUGACUUUACACAAAUGGCCAUUCUAGCCCACAAGUGCCUGAAAUUAUUGACAGAGUGCAAAACCAUAGCAGCGCCCAAAACUCAAGACAGUGACAGUUUUAACAAGAUAUUCCCUGGGUGGAAAGAGAAGAAAAGAUCUCAUUGUCAGACACUUAAAGGGAAUUUCUGCUUCCAGCAUGCAUCUUAUUUGAAGACAAAUGGACCUUUUGAGAUAAAGGCAAAAACAAUAUAUUAAAGACUGUGUUAUAUCACUGGGCUCUACCUUUGAAGACGGGAAUAGCUCAAUGGAUAUUCUUGCUCCCAUAUGCAAUUGUGUAGCUCUUAAAGAAAGCAAAAUGGCAUUGAGUUAAGGGAGGAUAUUUAUUUCUAUUCCCUUCUGUGGACUGUGUCAUAGGAAUAAAAUUCAUCAUCUUGUUUAAAAGAUCAACUGGAUCAGGAGAACAUUGUUUCCUUGUUAAAUAUUUUAACAUGUAUCCGAGCAAUCACACUUUUUAUUAAAAAAAUGUUUCUGUAAAAGGAACUAUGUCUAAUGUAUAAACUUGCAAUAGCCUUCCUGUUUCUGGGAGACCUAAAAUAAACAGGAGAUUCAAUAGUUGAUAUAGAUCAGAAUCACUGCUAUAGUUGACAUAUUUCACGUUGACCUUAAAACUUACGUUGAUGAUUUUUGUUUCAAAUAUAAAACAAGAUGUCACAAGUGGUUUGUUUUAACUUUAUCUUAUUUAUUUUAAAAAAUAUUUACACAAGUUUCUCUGUAACAGCACUUUAUCGGUGCAUCGAAUAAAUUUCUUAAGCUUUUCAUAGGCUACUUACUAUAGUUUGUGAAUUUGUUUGCAUAGACUGUAAUAUAAAACAAGGUUAUCCCAAACUGAUGACACACACACACACACACACACACACACACACUUAUUUAAUGUCCCUAGUUCUGCCUUUGUUACCUUUGUCUAUUUUGAUAAAAAUACCUUAGAUCUACAAAUCCCUAGUAGAAUUAUGUGAUUUAUUUAACCUGAGGAUAUUUGUGGUAGCUGAGAACAAAGGUUCAGCAAUAUUAAGCACUACAGAUGUUAAAUUUAGAUUCAUCAGUUAAUAGAAUAGUCAAUGCAAUUUCCAUUGACUACUUAGAUUAGUCGAUAAAGGAGGAGGUGGGGCACUCACUACCCUGGCUGCGCCUCAGCCUUUAAAAUGUAGUAAGAGCCGCCCGCGUUUCUUACUACAUUUAAAAGGCAGGAGAGCAGUGGAGGACAUGGGGCAAACCAUGGGGGCUCUUGCUACAUUUCAAAACCAGAAGCGCAACAGUCAGAACUUGGUACGAGUGGGGGCUGCUUGAGUCCCUGCUCAUGGUGUUCCCCGCUGUGCCUCGGCCUCCCCUGCAGAAACAGUGCUGGGGGGAACUGGCUUUUAAGCCAUCUACCCCCCACACCGGCUACAACCCCCCUCCCUUGCUGCCUCUCUCUAGUAGAGGCAGCAAGGGAGGAGGGGAAAGCGACUAGACAAGUCACUACUCGACUAUUCGAUAAGCUCACACUUAUUCAACUAGUCGCUUCCAUCCCUAUUAAGCACAAGGGUUUUAAUUUAUUAACGAGUCACAUUUUAUGUUUCCUAAAAUACAAUCCCCAUGUGCAUGAAGCCUGCUGUUGUAGUGCAGUGAAAAUGAAAAUCUCCUAAUUUCAUUUUUCACAAAUAGAUGAGAAUACUGAGCCUCAUCAAGAAAUGCGUUGAGUACUUGCAAAACCCAGAUGAAGUGAGAUACUGAUGCUCAGCAUUUUAGGAUUGUGAAAACAUGACUUUCAAACAUAAAUAAUUACCCAAAACAACAUUUGAUGUCUUGUUUACCUUUAUUAACCACAGUUUGGAAACUGAAUAUAAACAAAAAGAGAUGACACCCCAUGCUGUUUCUCUCUCUCUCUCUUUUUUUUUUUUAAACUUCCCAACUAGUAUUUAAGAUCAUAGCUGUGUUUGGUGCCUUCCAAACAAAAAUGAAAAUGCAGUCUGUGCUCUGAAGAGCUUACAUUCUAAAGGAGGAUCUGUUAGGAGACUGAGCAAUGAAGCUAGAGAUAUGUCAUGCCCAGUUCACUCUUAAUUGCCCUCCUAUUAUCUUUCAUUAGUACAUAAACACAACUCAGGUGAAAUCUGAAGUUUAUAGGCUUCACGGAAAAGUGUCUUGGGCAGUAACUGGAAAGAGAGGGAGUAAAUACCAUGCAACUUACCAGAGCAGUCCCAAUUAAAAUACAGAUCAGUUAUCUGACAUGGACACAGCAUGAAUUUUUAGAGUGAAAAAAUCUUUGAGAUGGUUGUUGAAUAAUUCAAAAUGGCAACUGAUAUUUUGGAAGCAGAAAAAGGCUACCAAAAAUAAAGAGUUGAUUGCAAGAUAUUAACUGUAACAGGACUCGACAACAUAAGGGUCCCCUGAUCAUGACCACUCUUAAGCUUUCAAAUCAAUGAAUCUAUCUUGUGUGCUCAAAUAUACCCUGCUGGACUGAGCCAAUCAGAAAGAAAAGUGAUUAACUGAGAAUAAGGUUUUUGUCCUGGAUCAGUAGCAACUUCCUAUAGAGUUUUGUCUUUCAAGUAAAGUUUUGUUAAAUUUACAAUUACUUCAGAUUCUCUAAAAUGCAGAUAUACACAGGCAUUUUCAACCUCACAGUAGAAAGAAGCUGAAAUUAAUACCUUUAGACUUAAUUAACUAAUUCACAACACAGAUGUAUUUAUGGCUUUCCCUUAGAAUAUAUGAGAAAAGAGAAGUUGAGUAUCACUGAUUGUAAUCAUAGUGUGAAGGAAUUAUGUGAAUAUUUAACAGUGCAUUAGAAAUACAGUAAUUUAUUUUUAACUAGUUGAAGAAUACAAUACAGGUGAUUUUUUUAGCAGUAAAAAAUGUACAUCUAUCAACUGCUUACUUUUGUGUUUCCAUAAACUUGAAUGCUAAAUAAUAAGGCUUCUACAGUUUAAAAUAUACACAAUUUUUUACUUUACAAAAAAACCCCAUCCCAAGGCUACCUCGGAAAGAUGGUUUCAUAUGUACAUAUUAAUGAAAUUAUUCCGGAGUUCAGAAAUGGCUACAGUACACUCCUUUCACUGCGUGCUUACACAGAGCACAUUUCCAUAGUGAUAAAGCAAUGCUGCAGAAUGAAAAUGGCUUUAAGUUCAAGUAGAGACCCACAUUUUUUUCACUGGGGUAACUCAAAAUCAGUUACAGCUGAUCUGAAUUGGGCUCCAACUUGCUUGUGCAUCACUGAAGCCAAAAAUAAUGCCAAUUUCUUAAACCCCCUCCCCCCCAAAUGAGCUCAUCUUUAAGAGAACUUCUCAGUGAAGCCAUUUUUCAGUCUAACGCUUAAUAGUUUGAGCACCUCUGAUGCAGGGAUUUGUUUUAAUUAGUUUAGAGUUAAAUUCCUUUUCUACUGAAAAUCCACUUCGUUACGUAUUUUCUCAUCUAAUCCAGGCUUAUUCUCCUAAGCCAUGCCAAAUGCGUUCUGCAAAGACAACUAAUCAGUGAAGCACAAACUUAUUUAAGCAAAUCUAGCAUUGGCUACAGAUGAGUGUGUAAAAGGGGUGGGUGAUACAAUAUGGAACGCUCAUCACUCUGCAAUCUGAAUGAGAAAGGCACAGAGACUUUCUGAGGUAGCCAGGAAUAGGAAGACACGAAA